AUGACAAUAGAAUACAGAUUAUUUAAAGAACAGGAUAUUUCAGAAUUAUCAAUACUAUAUAUCGACUCUUGGUUACGUACCUAUAAAAAUAUUAUACCAGAUGGAUUUUUAGAAACUUUAAAUUAUGAUAUGGCAGAAAAGAAAUGGAUAAAGUUUUUAAAAGAAGAGAAAGAUUCAUUUGCAUAUGUAGCAAUUGAUAAAACCAACGAUAAAGAAGUUAUUUGUGGAUUAUCAAUUUGUAAAAGAGAUGACGAAUUAGAAUAUUCGGGACUAUUAUAUUCACUACAUGUCCAAAAUGGUUAUAAAGGUAAAGGUAUUGGUAAAAACCUUAUUAAAGUUUCUGCUAAACAUUUCAAAGAUCAUCUAAACUUAAAUAGCUUAUUAUUAUGGGUAGUUGAUGGUAAUGCCAAUGCCCUUGCAGUUUAUACAAAAUUAGGUGCAAAAGUUUUAAAACAUCAAAUAGAAGUUUAUUAUAGUAAUAUAGAAACCCAUGAAACAUGUCUUAUUUGGGAAAAUACAGACCAAUUAUUAAAUUGA